UUGAGUCCACAAGUGUGAAAAGAGUGCCUCUCGGACUCGACAGACGAUACUUCACCACGAUGUUGGAAGGGGCUCCGAGACUGCCUCCAAACCACCCCGUAACCCCGCCCUCCGGGACACCGCCGCCCCCUUACUGGAGGAUACCCGAAUACCACCCCGUGAUACACCAUUCUUCCGCCAUAAAAUCAGAGUACGGCGGAGGCUUUCCUCUGAUGCCGUACUUGUGGCACCACGGGCUUUUCAUACCGUAUUCACCUGCUAGUCAAGAACCAGUGGAUCUGAGCCCGCACCGGGCCGGAUCGGAAGUCGGGUGUACGCCGGAGAAAACGAAAACCGGCGAGACUUUUACGGAAAUAAGUCGCGAUGACAGCGACGAGGAAAUGCCUUUGAACCUGUCGACCAAGCACAGAAAACCGGUGGAAAUCUGGUCACCAUGGUCCAUGUGCGAGAAGUCCGGCCACAUCGUCCAACUUCACAGCCCGCCCCAGGCGCCUUCGAGCACCACCCCAACUCCCACCGCAACUUCGCACUCUCAAGAAAGAAGUUUCCAGUGCCAACAAUGUGGAAAGACGUUUAAAAGAAGUUCCACACUCUCGACCCACCUGCUGAUACACUCAGACACCAGACCAUAUCCAUGCCAGUACUGCGGUAAAAGGUUCCACCAGAAGUCCGACAUGAAGAAGCACACGUAUAUACAUACAGGCGAAAAGCCGCACAAAUGCGUCGUCUGCUCGAAGGCCUUCUCCCAGUCGUCCAACCUGAUCACCCACAUGCGGAAGCACACCGGCUACAAGCCCUUCGCCUGCGGCCUCUGCGACAAGGCGUUCCAGAGGAAGGUCGACCUGCGAAGGCACCGCGAGAGCCAGCAUCCGAGCGCUGCCUGGCCCGGAGACAGCAACGUCAAGCCUUGGACGCCUGACACCACCACCCAGGAAAAGGAAGUACAGAACACGGGCUCCAAAAUCAAAGAAGAGGACUUACCUGCCAACUACUGAAAAAAGCUUGUCUUUAGGAAAAAGCGUCCUUUUUUUAUUUCUAUUUUAGUUUUUACCUAACACUAGUCUCUCACUUGCAAGGUGGCUAAGCGUGUACAUACAUUUAACCUUAUAAUAAUCAAACUAGUAAGACUUCAAAUUUAAGUUAAAACGUAACAAAUGACUUAUUCCAGAAACAUCUGGUCCUUAAUAAUAGUCGCUAAAUUAUAAGGGGUAAAUUAAAUAUGUACAAAUCAAUAUUUUUAUGAAGUUAUUGGCUGUACUUCACAUUGCAUCCGUUUUGUUAUUACUGAUCAUUUUUACUUUCACUCUGCGAGUUGUAUUCGGUUUAGAUGCCGAUUUCCACCUUAAGACACAUCCAAACAAGUGAAAAAGUGAAGAUAAAAAUGAUCACUUGUAGCGUUGUAGCAGUUCCUCAGCUAGGGCUCUCAAACCGUUAUUCUUAUUUAUUCAAUUUGUUAUAUAAGAUUCAAUUUUUUAAAAAUGUACGUAACUAAUAUAUAACGUGAAUAUUUUUUGUGAAAUAUCUCGUAAGACAUAAUUUUUAAUAUUACUCCAAAUCCUAAUUUCGACUUAACUGGACAUUGUAUAAAAACGAUAUUAGGCUCAUACUGUGUAUAUUCUGUACAAUAAUAGAUUCAAUAGAAAAAAUUAACUUUAAUUGUCUCUCAUCACUGCCGCUGCCAAAGAUCAGAUGAAACGAGGCCUAGCCACGUUGCAAUUGCUGAAAGAGAGUUCUUCCAUGUUUGUAUAGAUGUACCAUUACGGUUUUUAAACCAAGAAUGUAAUAUAUUGUGAAGUUAAGAGCACUGUAUGUAAAUGACGACGUGCAACUUGAAUGUUCUCCAAUCGAAAUAAUUCUUGUAAUAUCAAACCGCAAGGCAACUGUGUUGCUCGAAGCACCUAGUUACCCUCAUAUCUUCAAAUUUGAAAAAUCCCUAUGAUUUGUGUACAAAGGAAAACUCGACAUUCUAGAUCAUUUCUGUAAAUCGUUACCAAAAAACACAAAUUACGUAACUAUGGUAUUCUUAUAAGGGAACGUUAUAAUUUAAAGUCUGGUUAUAAUUAUAUGUUAAAGAGAUGUGUUACAACAGUUGGUCUAGUCGACUACAGUCAUUUGAAAGAAUUAAAAUUUUGCCAAUGCCUUUUUAAGCCAAAAGGGUUCAAAAUAGUCAAGGAUGAGUUUUGAAAGUCAUGCAUAUUCAUUUCACCAGUCUAAAACUGGUGAAUAGUUGUUAAGAAAACAGCGUGUAACAUACCAAAAUAUUGUAUAUAAACGUAGAUGAUAAGGGACCAAAAAUCAAACAUUCCGUCCUCAUAGAGAUUGCUUAGCAAAUUAUUUUUAAAGAGAAUUUUUAUUGAAAAAAAAUUUAAACUUCGAGGUGACUCUAGUCGCGUUUGGAAGUUGUCAAAUUUUGUGUAUUAUAUUUUUUUUCGUUCCUAAACCUUAUUUUGUUUUAUAAAAUUAUUUUCUUUUAAUUUUUUUUUAUUCAAAGAGAUGUCUGUAAGAUGUGCACUCGCGUCUCUCUAACUUGCACCUUUUAAUGGUAUUGUACCGAGUUCAUCAGCUAGUAAACCAAAGAAAUGUCGAAUAAGUGGGAAAGCCGACUUGAAAAAGUCGCCCGGAAUAUGAUGAAGUAGCUGUAGAAAUUUGUGAUAUUGUAUUAUUUUGUAGAUAGAUAAGUUAAAAACAAAAGAUUUAUAUCUGAAAUAAAAACCGAUGUUGCCUUACUAGAAAUUUUUAACUGUAAUUGUACUAGCUUUAUUGAACGAGA